AAAAAUGAAUUAUAAUGCGGUUUGUAAGGAUCUAAACGGGCUGUUUGUUUCCAUGGAGUGCGCCGGCAGGGGAAGUGGAACCCGAUGUUCGGGCCCGGCCACCAGACGUUGUCGUCGCUGCCAAGCAGUUGCUUAUUGCUCCAUCUCUCACCAGAUUUCACAUGGGAAUGUACACAAGAAAGAGUGUCAAAGGUUGGAACAGCAAAUGAAGCAUGCCAAUGUUGUGAGUGAUUUCCCUUUUACAUUUUCUGAAGAAGCUACUGUACAGGUGCGUGAUAAACGGGAAACACGGUGUUCAUUCUUGAUAAAACAGGGAAUUCACCGUGUAGGAAUGUGGACGUUUGAAUGUAGCUGUGGGGAAUCAGCUGCUAUAUUGGAUUGCUCAAGGCUCAUCAAGGGCUGGAACUUAUCUAGUGCAUUGUGUCCUUGUAGAGAGCCAUCCGCUCCAUUACCAAAGCUUCUUAGUGGUUGGAAAGAAUAUUAUGAAUGGAGGUGCAUUCCGCUAUAUUCUCCUGUUGCUUUGCUACUUCACUGGCCAUUGACGCUGUAUUGGUCCAUUAAGCUGGCAGCUCAAGGGAACCUGAUUCCUGAAAUAAGUGAUGAGCUAUGCAUACAUUACUUAGGUCCUGAAAAAGAGCUUCAUCAGCUUGCAGUUUUCAGUGAACUGCAUGCAGUUUUUCCCGAUGUUCAAAUACAUAUCGAUCUCGUGGGACCUGCAAUUCCAGAAGAAAGGAAUGGUGAGAGAAUUGAACUUCGUGAUUAUGCUCAUUGUACAGAGACCUACUGCAAGUGUAAAUGUUCGACUGAGAGUUUUGGCCCAACGUCAUUGCAAAGUGGAUCUUCAGCCAUUACAUUAAAGCUUCAUGCUGGUUAUUAUCAUGAUUGUUAUAAAGAUCUUAUGAAGCUUUGUCAGGGUUCUCCUCCUAAUCUAAUUAUUGCACCGAAUGCUGGUGUCGCUGCUUACAGAAGCUGGUUACAAACCAUUGAGCUGAUAAAGGAGAUCAAAGUGCCUGCAUUUUUCUCUGAUUACUGUGAAGAAGCUUGUAAUCUGGCGACUAGUUGCGUAACCUCAGUGACUGGGGCUUCUCCUACCGUUCCUAUUCAAUUAAAUCCUUUUAGGCAACCCCUUGCAAUAGAAGACAGUGCCCUCUUUCUUCCAUGCUACUCAAAUUGUUUCAUCUUUGGGAUUUGAAGUAGCUUCUUAAGAGUAUCUCAAGGUAUUGGCUUGACUCUAUUAAAACAUCAUAACAGAUUGAGGAGUAUAGUGUUAACCACCAGAGAGUCAUCUGCAGUUUACACUUGGGCAAGGACAACUGACUGUGGAAGCGGAACACGAACUAUUUCUGCUAUUCUGGGUUCUUAUUGAGCAUAGCGAAAUCAAGUUUGAGGAUUAGGUCAGUGUAGUUACAGUAUGAAAUACGAGUAUGUAGUAAUGCUAGAUGCAAAUUAUUUAUCUUUUUUCACCAUACAAUAUUCGGACAAAUUGUACAAUUCUCUUUCUGUACUUUGGCCCCCAAUAAGUUUAUUUUCAUCCACUACUCGCCCACAUGGCCGAGCUAGGAGGGGCAAGGGUUCAUUUGAACCCCGCUUAGCCACAAAGUAAUGUAUAUAGAAGUUUCUAUUAAUGUUUCGUAAAGUAGAUGUUGAAUCUCUGAUUUGUUGUUCUGUUUACUUUUAAAAAAUUUAAAUACAACAACA